AUGGAAGAAUUCCACAGUUCAACAACUGCUGGUGACCAAGAUUAUAAUAGUGGUAAUGAAAGAAAUGAUGACGAAAUCAUUGACUUAGGCUCGAAUAUCCAGGGCACUGUUAUUCCAGACAACAACCCACAGUACAUCAGUGCUGAUUCUGAACUUACCGCUACUCUUCCUGAUGACAUUGAAGUUAUCGAUUUGGUUCACUUAAAGAUUCAGUCAAUGGAAGCUCUAAAUUUGCACCGUUUUCCCAAAUUGAAACGUCUUCAUUUAAGACAGAACCUAAUUGAGUCCAUAAGCGAGGUGGAGGUUUUACCUGCUGAUGUCUUGGAAGAACUGGACCUCUAUGAUAAUAGGAUUAAGCAUAUCUCUAGGAAUGUGAAUAAGCUGGUGAAUUUGAAGAGUUUAGAUCUAUCUUUUAACAAGAUUAAGCAUAUUAAGAACCUUGAAAACUUGGAGCGUUUAGAAAGCCUUUAUUUUGUUCAAAACAAGAUCUCAACUAUUGAGAAUCUAAAUAGCUUCCCGAACCUAAAGAGUUUAGAACUGGGCGGAAACAAUAUUACAGAUAUUGGGCCUGAAUCACUGAAGGGCUUGUCCACUUUGGAGGAAAUUUGGCUUGGUAAAAACUCUAUUAGCAGGUUGAUGAACCUUCAAUAUUUAAAAAAUCUCAAAAUAUUGUCUAUUCAAUCUAAUAAACUCAAGAAGAUCGAGGGACUAGAGGACCUGGUAAACCUGGAAGAACUAUAUCUUUCUCAUAACUUCAUAGAAAAGAUAGAAGGCUUGGAGAAGAACACAAAACUGAAUACAUUAGACGUUACAGCGAACAGGUUGACUAAGAUUGAGAAUCUCAAGCAUCUAAAGUGCCUAACAGAUUUAUGGGCCUCUUUCAACCAAAUUGAUCAAUCAUUUGAGUCCUUAGGCGAGGAAUUGGGUUCAUUGCCGGUUUUUGAAACUAUCUAUCUCGAGGGUAACCCAAUACAAACAAAAAACGCCACAACAUACAGAAGAAAACUUGUGUUGAAUCUUGGGUCACUGCAAAAGAUUGACGCUACCUAUAUACGUGGAUAG